AGAAGGACGUACAGAUAGAUAGAUGCUCAGACUCAUCAGAGUCGAUGACCUAAGAAGUCAACUCGCAUGGCGUCUCCUCCUCGCUGCCCAUGCUUCCCCCUCCUCUCCUACAUAAAGUUCCACCAUCCCCGCCUCUUCUCCGCCCUCAAAACCCUCACCUCACUCCUCUCCUCAAUCGUCAUGGAUUCAUCCCCCGCCGCUGCAGACACCCAUGCCGCCGACGCGCCUCCCUUCGACCCUUCCAAACCGGCGGUACCAAUCGCGUACCCUCUCAAAACGCUCGACGAGUUGGAGUCUCGCGCUUACUUCACCUCCUUCCAUUACCCGUUCAAUCGAGCUGCGGUCAAGCUGGGAGGAGCUGCGGCGGCGCUGCCGAAUCGGCCGCGGAUUCUGGUCUGCCACGACAUGGCCGGAGGUUAUACCGACGAUCGGUUUGUGCAGGGCGGAGAUAACGCGGAUGCGUACGCGAUAUGGCAUUGGUAUUUAAUCGAUGUUUUCGUUUAUUUUUCGCACAACAUGGUGACUCUGCCGCCGCCGUGCUGGACGAACACCGCUCACAGCCAUGGCGUUAAGGUGUUAGGAACUUUCAUCUUCGAAUGGGAUGAAGGUAAAGAACAAGCUAAUAAGUUGCUAUCCACAAAAGAGUCGGCUCGAAUGUAUGCCGAAAGAUUGACUGAGCUUGCAGUUGCUCUUGGUUUCGAUGGCUGGCUGCUUAAUUUUGAAGUUGAAUUGGAUGUUAAACAAAUUCCGAAUCUGAAAGAAUUUGUCAGCCAUUUAAGCAAGGCUAUGCACUCGUCGCUGCCUGGCUCAUUGGUUAUAUGGUACGACAGUGUUACUGUUGACGGAGAUCUUGCGUGGCAGGAUCAGUUAAAUGAGAAAAACAAGGCGUUCUUCGACUUAUGCGAUGGCAUAUUUACAAACUAUACGUGGAAGGAAAACUAUCCUAAGCUAUCGGGAGAUGUUGCUGGCGACAGAAAAUUCGACGUGUAUGUGGGAAUCGACGUUUUUGGAAGGAACACUUAUGGUGGCGGGCAAUGGACUACGAAUGUCGCGCUCGAUGUAAUAAAGAAAAGUGAUGUUUCGGCAGCCAUUUUUGCGCCCGGAUGGGUCUAUGAAACUAAACAAGAGCCGGACUUUCAAACUGCUCAAAAUAGAUGGUGGGGACUUGUCGAAAAUUCGUGGGGAACCGUACAGAAGUAUCCGAAAGAACUUCCAUUCUACUCGAAUUUUGAUCAGGGUCGUGGUUUUCAUGUAUACCAUGACGGACUACAAGUUUCGAGCGCGCCGUGGAACAAUAUUAGUUUGCAAAGCUUUCAGCCUUUCAUCGAAUACGCCGAGGACUCUGCCAAGGCGUCGAUCAAAGUUUCCGUCAAUCUCGAAAAUGCGUCUUACAACGGCGGAGGAAAUAUCACAUUUUCGGGAACUCUUGACGAUCGGGCUUCUGAAUUCACGGCGAGGCUCUUCAAGGCGGAGCUUUGUCUAGGGAAAUCUCCGGUCUCGUUUACGUAUUCGGUGAAAUCGAGCAAUAACUCUCUAUUAGGCCUCGCCCUCAUCUCAACUUCUGCCGUCGAAGAAGAGAAGCGUAUACUUCUCGCAGCCCCGGGGAACGCUUUGCUGACGACAACCCGGUUCGCAAAACAUUUCGAAACCGUGAUCAUGCCGCGCGAAGUGACGAGUCUCGGGGACGAGUCGGGAUGGUUCAUGCAAAAAAGCACGGUCGACAUGCCGGGGCACACGUUGAAAGAAAUCCGGGCCAUAUGCUACCGAUCGGUCCCUUCUUCGUUGGAAUACAACGCAACGCUUGGCGACAUCAAGAUCACGUCGGACGGAGACGAUUCGAAGUUUCCACCGGCAAAUUCGUGGCUCAUCGAGUCCCGAUUCAUCGUCUGGACUUCUGCCGGCCCGGACGGGUCGAAGCGCCUCAGCGUAAAGCUCGUGUGGAAAACUGUCGACGAUGACGACGUGUUUGAUAAAUGCAAUGUGUAUGUUGACAAGAUGACGAAUGCAGCUUCCGGGGGCAGCAUCGAGUACGUCGGAACGGCUGCCGGAAAUGCAUUCUAUGUAUCGGAGAUGGAAGUUGUUUCCGGCGUCUCCGGCGUGAAAUUUACAGUGCAACCUUGUGGGGGUGAUGGAGGUCGGCAGAAGCUUGAAGAUUGUCCAUUUUUGGUGUUACCAGUUGAGGGGUAAGUAAGGUUUUAUUGAAAUAUUAUGUUGUGAUAUUACUGCAGUAAGAAGCAGAUAAGUUGUAGUAAUAUAUGAAAACUCAUACUAAUAAAUACUCCCUCCGUCCGUGGUUUCUGUC